AUGAUCCACCGGGAACAAGCACUACUAGUUAGUACCUGUGCUGACCUGCACACAAUCAAAAAGUCUCAAGAUAUCAGAGCCGGUAACCACGUCUGGCUCUCCGGCCAGAUCCCAGCCGACCCCCAAGGGAACCUGAUCAAGGGGUCUGUGACGGAGAAAACCCAGCCCCUCAUCCAGAAGACGGAGGCUAUCCUCCAGGAGGCGGGCUCUGGGCUGGAUUGGGUGGGCAAGGUUGUGGUAUACGUGACGGAUGCAAGCAUCAUACCCGAAUUCCCCAAAGUAUAUGACCCGGCAUUCCCCCAUCGGCCGGCUCGGUCGAUGGUGGAGGUGCCCAAGUUGCCGGCCGGGGUGGAUAUUUAG